AUUCCCCGUGUGGCUUACCUGACGUCGGGUCUGAUUUUAGAUGGAGGAAAACGGACGUUCGUCCGGGUAGAAUUCGAAUCCUUGUCGGCAAAAUCUGACGUCAUUUGAACAACGACGUUUUUACAUACAGCCGCACCCGGAUAAAGUUGUGAAAGAUUUUUUAUCCGGCUGUGUAUCGGAUUUGGUACAAUGUGCAAUACGGAUAUACAAACAUGUGUUGGUUGAUUCGUUCUGUGUAGUUCAAAUACUUCAAGUGUUCAAGUUUCAGAUCGGACAAAACAAUGAUCGUGGUCUCUUUAAUUGUUGUUGUGCUAGUUCAUGCAGCACUUGGUCAGCAACUUCCUGUGGUCAACAUAUCGGUCAUCGAUGGCCCGACCCCAUUCCUGGUCACCUGUGACGCCCAGCGGGUUGCCCUCCCCGGGACGGUGACUCAGAUCACUACCCUAACCAUCGACCGGACCUUGCCCGACUCCGCCUUCUUGAAUCUGGCCUUGGUCAACCCGAUUAUACCCCUCACAAGCUCGAACAUUCCGCCCGGCCGACUCUGGACCAUCACCACCACCGGUCAGCAGAGGAGCAACAACCGCAACAUGCGGCUGGAAGUACUGGUGAGCGACGGCACGUGCAAAGACGCGGCGGUCUACAAGUGCAGCGUGACCUACCAGGACCCCACCACGGGCACAUACCCCACCCUCUCCGCCUCACUCACACUCACGCCGAAACCGCAAGUCCUGACCCAGAACAUCUCAGCCGCACCCUACCAUGUAACCUACGACGGACAGUCCUACUACCAAGAGGGGGAGGUCGUGGUCUUAACCUGCAGACUUUCGGUCACCUACCCAGUCAGACUGCAGUGGUUGUACGGGCUAUCCGAUGCCAACAUGCUAGACGCCUCAUCCGAGGGCACCCUGACGCCCAGCACCACCUUCGUCAAGGGCAUCCCAUGCGACAGCUACAUUCAGGAGUCCAGGCUGACUCUCACCAUGCAGAAGAAAUACGACGGGGCAAUGUUCCGGUGUGCGGCCUUCGCUGACAAUCAAUCGCCCAGUAACAGAACGUACACGCUAGGGAUGUUUGCCUCCAGCAUCACCGACGUCCCUCCCAUGGUCAGCUCGACGCCAAGGGAAGGAACUCCAUUCACGAUGUACUGUGACGGCAGUCGUGUGCCCAUCUCCCCGAACGUCACGGUGCUGUCCCUUACGUUGGAGAAGCUGAGUAACACGGGGGCAGUGGAUCUCAUCGCUAUGUUGAGUGCAGGGAUGAACAGCACGCAAAAGUCAGCAGGGAGACAAUGGGACAUCCAGCUGUCCGGCAACUUCCUGUCCAACACCAGGGACUCUCUGAGGAUCAGCCUGCAGGUCUACGACACCUCCUGCCAGGACGCUGCCCUCUACAGGUGUAACGUCACCUACAAGUACUCUGGGUCUAACGUCCAGUUCCAGGCGUCUGCAUUCCAGAACCUGACCGUUAAAGGUAUAUUUGAGGCAGCCCUUUACCCUUCGAACUUUGACCGACAGGAGAAUAACAUCACGGUUUACAAAUCUAAUCAGCCCAUCACAUUAACGUGUAACGCAACGGGAUCCAACAACUCCAUACUGACGUGGAAAUACCUAGACUCCAUGGCCGCCAUCUUUAAUGGCUACCCGUUUGCAAAUAGCAUCACGUACACCAUGACACUCGCCACCUCCAGGUGUCUGAAACUGUACACCUACUCAACCUUGACCUUUAGGCCGAGUGCUGUGAGCCUGGAGUCGGCUCCCUUUUAUUGUGUGGUGGAGGAUGGAGAGGAUGUCAUGACGAAACGCUUAGAUCUAAAAAUAGAGCAAAUCAUAACUUCAAGUACUACCCCGUCGUCCACCACCAACACCACAACCCCACCCACCUCAGACUUCACCUUCAGGGUGCCGGCGGGGCUGAACACCCCCCUGCGGCUGCCGGCCAACUUCUCCACCACACCCAGCAGCAUCACCCUGCACCAGGUCAGCCCUACCGUGCUCCAGCUGUCGGGCUCGUCCUACACGGCGAGCUACGACAGCACGACACGACAGAUCAACCUAACGCUGGCAGACAACACGGCGAUCGGGACGCGAAGCUACAAAAUCGUCUUGCAAGGUACCAAUGAACUGCUGGAGGUCAAGUUUACUGUCAUUACAGAGGCAGCGGUCACUUCAGCUCCAAUUUCCACAAUUACACCAGCGUCCAGAAACACCACCGCAGCACCCGGAAACACCACCUCAUCAUCCGGAAACAUCACCGCAUCACCCUGGAACACCACCGCAUCAUCCGGAAACAUCACCGCAGCACCCGGAAACACCACCUCAUCAACCGGAAGCACCAACGCAUCAUCCGGAAACAUCACCGCAUCACCCUGGAACACCACCGCAGCACCCGGAAACACCACCGCAGCACCCAGAAACACCACCUCAUCAACCGGAAACACCAACGCAUCAUCCGGAAACAUCACCACACUAUCCGGAAACAUCACCGCAUCACCCUGGAACACCACCACAGCACCCAGAGGCACCACCACAUCACCAACCAAACCGGUGAUCGAGAGAAACAUCAGCAUCUCCUCCUCCUUCAAUAACAACUCAGCCGUCUUCAUACCCCUGGACACCACCACCCCGCCCUACAACCCCCACCUGUACCUCUUCAGCUACAACUACAACUAUGAGUACGUGACGACAGAGCUGUCGUGGACUAGUUACAACCUCAUCUACGACAGCAGCAACAGAGGCGUGCAGCUUGUCGUGUUGGACCAAUGGACGCAGGACUUGAAGCUGUACUUGCUCACUCUCUCCACUGAAGUCUUCAACUACAGAAUGUACGUGCGGGUCACCAAGGUCAUGGACAUUGCCAGCACCACCACGCCUUACCCCGGCGACACCACGACGGAAAACCAGCCGUACAUCCAGAACAACAAACAGGUCACCGCACUCAUCGACAGCGACACGCACUUCCAACUUGUCCUCGUCACCCGGUACCCACCUACCAGUUACCGGAUGUACAGAAAGGAGGCUCCGUUCACCGAACUGAGCAGCUAUACCUACAGCGUGAUCUAUACCAACUACAAAAAUGAGUUGGACGUCACCAUCUUUGACACCGGCAACGAGGGCGUGACGUCGUACGUCUUGCAAGUGGUCAUCAACGGUCGAACGUACGAGGCGUAUUUCACCGUAACCAAGGCAGGAUCCACGAAUUCAUCCUGGCUGCCAAGAUCCAACAUAAUUUGUUUGAUUACAACUUUUUUUUCUGUACUCGGAACCAGAGUUUUUAUAUUUUAGUUAGUUGGUUCCAUUAUAUAAAUCCAACAAACUGCAUUUUUUUACUCUUAAAAGUCAUAUUGUACAAUCUUUUCUCGAUCAGGAUAACAUAUUCGAUGCUUUGUCGCGGUCAUGAAAAUCUUAACUUUAGACAGAGAAAAUGUUAUUGUCUGUUAAAUAACGACAAAGACUCCGGUGACGAAACAGUAGAGCAUCAGGGGGAGGGGGUGCGGUUGGUCAAUAUUUUUUUAGAAUAUCGCGAUAAUAUUGCUUAAAAUAGUUUUAUUACAGCACCCAUUACACAAUUUUGCAACACGGAUAUAAUUUAUUCUAUUUUAACACUGUUGUAUGAUGAAGUUGUUACUACUCAAAUUAUUUACCUUCUGAUUCUUCGAAUAUUUUUUUUCUUUAUUACACAGUUUUGAAUAAUUCUAUGAAGAAAAAAUGUAUUUAAAAAAUAGGAAUUAGUCUUUUUUAGCGAUUCAGAAAACGAAUAAAUCUUUUUCCUCAAGCAAAAUACACUACGUUUCCCUCUCUUCUGUAGUACCACGUUACGGCGUGGCCUAGUGGUAGAGCGCUAGACUGCUAACACGAAAGUCUCGAGUUCGAAUCUGUGUUCAAGUUAGUCGUCCCUGAGUUCACCCAGCUAACGGGUGCCUAGUUCACGUUAGGGAAAGUAAAGGCGGCUGGGCAUAGUGCUGACUACACUAUCCCUUCAUAUGCCAAGGUCUCUGAAACAGAAGAACUCUACUUCAUCUGCCUCAUCUUAAGCACGAACGGGGAAAAAAGAUGAUGAGUAUUACUAAGUAACAAGCACCCUGUUUUUAUUAUGCACAUUUUAUUUACAUUAAUGAUUGAAUGUUGACGUCAACUUUGAUUGGGAUUGUUGUUUUGCAAGUUGAUUGUAUCUUAAAGUCAGUGCCGGAUUUGCGUAUAACCUAAACAAACUAUAGCUUAAGGCCCCCACUUUAUUGGAAGCCCCCACCCCCACAUAUUGUUGUAAAUGUACGAUAGACAUAUCGAUUGUAUAGAGGACAAAUUCAUUAUGUUAAAAAAAAAUCUCGAGAAAAACGUGUUUAUAAAUCUCAAUCGUAUAUAUAAAUAGUGCAAAUUAUUAUUUUAAAAUGUCAAAAAGAAUAUAAGCACUUUAAUAUUUUAUGUUUAACAUAAGUGCUCUGGCGAUUUCUAUUAUUGCCUAUAUAAGUAUAACUGUACAUUGAUUUCCCAAAAAAGUGGACAUGCCAAAUGUAUCUUCUAUACAGUCGAUGUAGACUUAAAUAUACAGCUCCAUUAUUUGUUACCAUGAAAACUGUAGAACAUAGGUGAACUUCGGUAACAUAUAAAUAAAACAUAGGCUUAAGGUGGGGGCCACAUACCUCAAACAUCUUAGGGCCUAAUCACGUCUAAAUCCUGUCCUUUUUAUAGUGACUCCUAUGGGUUUGUCCGGCUUGUUCAAUAUUACAGAAAAAAACGAAUUUGAAAAAUAAAACAGCAUGCUCUAUAUGUUAAGGCGGUUGAAAUAUUGUUAAUUAUUUUUUAACGACCGUGUUUAUGAAACAAUUUUUUAUUUUUUUAUUUUAUAAAAUAAAAUGUUUUAGUAGACGAUCGUAUUUUUUAUUAGAACAACCAAUUUAUUUAAGUGUUUAAUAUUUCUUGUAAAAUUGCUUUUCCGUAGAAAAAAAACGUGAAAACUUAAUUAUGUAUACAUCUACAUUAUUAUAAGAAAAAAAGGUGAAACCACUUUAAUAGUUAUAGGUUUGUUAUAUUGUUUUAAUUUUAUUUUAUUAGCCUCACCUAAUUAUGAAUAUAUAGUCAGUUUAAACUGCAAUAGAAAUUAUCGUUUAAUUAAAAAAAUUCAGUCUUGUUUUGAAUAAAAAUGUUGCCAUGGAAGCAUUUCAUAAAAUUUCAUUCCUACAUUAUUCCCUACCAAUGUACCAUUUCCAUCUACACUAACACUAAAUUGUUUAAUAGUUCGAAUUGAAACACAAAAAAGUUCUGAAAUAGUAAUAAAUUAUCUGCGUUUUUAUUGUCUAAAACAUUUAACCGAUGAAGUAUUGGAGCAAGGCAGAUAACUUCGCUAAUCUUAUUUAGUUUGUAUAUUUUAGAUGAGUAGUUUCCCUCUAGUGUGAUCUCGCUAACAGUCAAUGUAUACAAAUCCGGUUAAAAUAUUCACUUAAUUUGAACAUUGUUAUUACUGUUUUAAUAAAAUGCCU